CACAUGGGCCCAACGUGUUGGGCCAACAUGUUGGGCCAAAAUGAAGGAUACCAAGAUUCCUGUUCACACAUUGGCUUACUGAUCAUUCUGCAUUGGCGCUUCAGCCUUCAAAGAUGGACGUAGAAUUUCUUGCAGCCGCGGCAAUUUAUCUAUACAGUGCGUAUAAUUAUUACGUUCAUGUGCACCAAAGAAGAGUGAUUAAAAGGAAAUGGCGCAAAAGAAGGUGGUGGAUGGUGACUAUUCAUCGGAAUAGAACGAGAGAGACUAUGAAUCAACAGCUUGCCGAGCUUCUUGCAGAACCAUCUGGGGAGUUCGAUAAUUUCGUUCGAAUGUCAUGCACUGAUUUUGAAUACCUGCUACAAAAAAUUUCUCCGAUAGUUUCUAAGCAAGAUACUACUUGGAGGGAAGCUGUACCAACAAAAAUACGACUUGCAUUGACAUUGAGAUUUUUAGUCACUGGAGAUGACUACAGAAGCUUACACUACCUAUUUAAAAUAUCAAAUUCACUUAUCUCACGCAUAAUAAUUGAAGUCUGUUUGGCACUCAAUGAUGUUUUGCAAGAUAUGAUUAAAAUGCCUGAAUCUGCGAGCGAAUGGAUGUCCGUUUCAGAAGGAUUCAGCUUCCCGCAUUGUUUGGGCGCUAUAGAUGGGAAGCAUAUUAAUAUACAAUCACCUUUACACUCGGGAACUGAAUACUUUAACUAUAAAGGCAACUUUAGCAUUGUUUUACUAGCAUUAGUAGAUAGUAAUUAUUGUUUUUUGUUUGCCGAUGUAGGUUCUCAAGGACGGAUUAGUGAUGGAGGAGUUUUCAAUCAAAGUAUCUUAUAUCAAAAACUAUCGUCUAACAGUAUGAAUUUACCCCGUCCUAUUCCACUUCCUAAUAGUGACAUAGUCAUGCCUUACGUAUUUUUAGGCGAUGGUGCAUUUGCUCUCAGUACCCAUUUAAUGAAACCGUUUUCGGGUCAUCACGCACUAGGGUCCCCAGAAAGAGUAUUCAAUCAAGAAUUAUCCCGUUCUCGAGUAAAAGUAGAAAAUACUUUCGGAAUACUAACCGCCAGGUUCAGGAUCUUUAAAAAACAUAUACCCUUGGAACCUACCAAAGCUUCUAUUGUUACAAUGACAUGUCUAUAUCUACAUAAUUUUUUGAGAAAAAGUACUUCUUCACAGAAUAUUUAUUCCCCUCCAGGUUCAUUCGAUAUUUAUCAAAAUGAAGAUCUAGUGCGGCCGGGUUCAUGGAGAAAUAAUGGAGGUAGUUCGUUUUUGCCAUUAUUAAGUAUACCGCGUAGACCGCCGCGUAAUGCGACACAAAUAAGAUUGGAUUUUAUGAAUUACUUUUUUGGAAAUAGAGACCACUAAGAUUUUGUGAAAUGAAAAUAUUGUUUACCUGUAUUAUCUUUUCCUCAGU